GUUCCGGCGUGCCCCUAUCGUAAUCCAUAGAAAAAUCAAUAUCCUAUUCCAGUACCUCAAAAGCAACCCAUCCAUUACAUUACCCAUCCCAUUCUCAAAAUUAUGAUUCAUCGCCAGCUGGCUAGGUAUCUUAUCUACCCGUGCUCAGCAUGAAAUGAUGCAUGCAUGCACCACAAACCCCCUGUUCUGCCCAAGGCGGUAAGGUGAACGAAUACGAAUCGCAUCGGAGUCAUCAAAUCGCAACGAGCACUCCUGCUCAAACACCGAGAUGAGUAUAUAACAUUGUACUUCGCUCUAGAAAAAAGUGUUUUGUUUCUUCAUACUAUCUUCCCUCGUCGAAUCCGAGAGUUAGUUUGGUUCGCAAUGGAAUCCAAUACCUUCCCAGCAGGCCUCCUCGGCAACUACUACUCCGUCCGCCACCAACUAGGACUCUACCGUUCCUGCGCCGUAACAUCCCUCUACAGCUUCCAUCCCCGCACCCCCAAUCCCACACACGAACUAAUCUCGCAGCUCCAACACGCCCUCUACAAAACAAUAGAAAAGCAUCCCUCACUCAGUUACGGUCUCCUCCCAGGCUCCAAAAGCCGCAAUCUCCCCGCGCGUUUCAAGAGGCUUUCCCAGAUUUCCUGGGACGAUCUUGUAUCAAUCUCCUCCCCAACUGCAAGCCGCGAUGUUCAAUCUCUGGAAAAGCGUAUUUGCGAAGAGCUAGGAGCCGCGCACGAGCAGCUUUUCGAGGACCAGGAAACUAAACCUGCGUGGAAAAUUCGUCUUCUCAUGCACGCGAUGGAAGACGCAUCCUACAAAGUCUCUAUCCUUUUCAUAGCAAACCAUGCCAUUGCCGAUGGAUUAAGCUGUGCUGCUUUCCAGCGGACUUUGCACGAGCAAUUGUCCCUGGCUACAGUCGAAACCGGUGAGAAAAGUAGUGUGCAGUGGCCGUAUACGGUACCGGCAACUGUCGGGAGACCAAUAGCCAUCGAGGACGCGAUGCAGAUCAGUCCUCCAGGAUACGAGUCCAUCUCGCCCAACACCGCACCUCGCACGGACGAGAAGGAAGAGAAAAUCUGGGCGGGAAACUUCCCCAACAUGCCCACCAUCGAAUCAUACAAAACUCUCGUGCUUCUCGUUACCAUUCCUCCCGAGCAGGUCCAGCGGGUUUUGGAAACGAGUCGUCGUCUGAAAAUCACCGUCACGGGUUAUCUGCACGGUUUGAUCGCCAGCUAUCUUGCCCGCGCAGUAGUCACAAGUGACCAGCUUGGUCUCAAAGGUUGCACGCCAUACUCGCUGCGGAAAUUUAGCAAACUCCCCCUGAGCGAAAUGGCAAACCACGUAGCCUUCAUAGCAACAAAGUGGGACGCCGAACUAUUGAGCAAAAUCCGCCAUACGCGGGAGAAAUCUCCAGAAGAAGAAGCAUUGAUAGCUACGAUCGGAAGCCAGAUAACCCGGGAGAUCUCGACCGAUCUGAAUAGAAUUGAAGCCGGAGGAGGCGUACCACAAUUGCGAACCGCCGAGAAGAUUGUCGACUGGGGGUCGUACUACCGCGAAGGAAUGUCAGCAGAGCGAUCGGAAACGUACGAACUGUCUAACCUUGGAGUGGUGAGGAUGAAUAGAGUUCCCCAAGAUAGCUGUUUAAAACUUGACGGACUCUUGUUUUCUCAAUGCGGAAUGGUGUUUGGUGCCCCGAUUGGAUGCAAUGUUGCAAAUCUUGAAGGAGGACCAUUGGUAAUUAGUCUAACAUGGCAAGAAGGUGGCGUGGAGAGCGAGGUGAUGGAAGGAUUGCAGAAGUUUUUGAAAAAUAGAUUAGGAGCUUAAACACGCAGGUUAACCUCGAACUUUAACGAGAUGAGAAAAAAGGGGGUAGGAAUUGCUGUCCGCAGUUUCAUGUACUACCGAUGUCCUCGAGCAUUGUAAAUAACAACCCAAUUGCAAAUUAAAUGGAUCAUUCGCGUUGAUCAGACAAAAUAUCUUUCGUUUCA